GGCCACGCUAUCCUUUUAUCCAGCCCGUGAUUAUUUGUGGGGAGUUAUCCAACUCCUCACAAUGGCUUCAUAAAAUGUUAAUUUUAGUAAAAACUCAUUCCAUGAAUGGGGAACCCAUACCAUAACGAACUGUUGAUAAUUGUAAUUACAUCUCAGUGAAUACUACAGUGAUUACUCAGGGAGUACUUCCCUACCCUGAUUUUAAAAAAAUAGAUGUACCAAUUCGGCUUAUGGUUUUCCAGCAACAGAAUAGCUUGGGAAAUGGGGAGGAAUAUAUUUUACUUAAAUUACAGCUAGAGAAUAAUAAUUGGUAUAUGCGGAUCAAUUUGAUGAUCCUAAGGCGUUGCCCCUAAGUGUACUGGAACUUUAUAUCCACUUUUUAACCGUUAUAAAGAAGGGCUUUCACGCCUGCGCAAAAGAUUAACACCAAAGAGAAAACAGUGGUGAUUCAAAGUUAGUGAAGGUAGCAUGCAACCCGUAUUUGUUGAGUGACUGGAAAACACUUCUAUUCUCAAAGGGUAUUCCAAGCGCCUGCUUCGACGUGAUUUCCCAGAUUUAUUUCAGCAAACACUGGGCGCAAGCAGUGCAGAGUGAUGCCAUCCGACUCCGCAGUCCAAGUUCUUCUCAAGCUCUAGCACUCGUACUCGUAUGCUGCCCCUCGCCUGCCAGCUGGAACGGCAUGCCGGACAGAUAAGUGGCGCGCUAAUCCCCGGAUGAUUUACGGGGAAACGCCAAGUUCAGAUAAGGAGGCGCCCCGGGCGGGCACUAUAUUUAAGUACAAUCCAGGCCAGGGCCCGCAAGUUUGCCUCCAGCAUCCGUGCAAUGUGAACCGACUCCAUCGGACGCAGCAUUUACUAAGAGCAUACCAGCAUCAGCUAGGCCAUAGACAAACCAGGCUCCAGGCAGCAUGUCCACCACAACCACCAUGGGGAGCGCCGUUUCCGACGCGGCGCAGGAUCUGAGAUUCGGGCUCACGGACUACGUGGUCUUCGUGAUCAUGCUAGGCGCCUCGGCGGGAAUCGGGGUGUACUUCGGGUUCUUCGCCAAGUCCAAGAACACGACGGAGGAGUACCUGCGCGGCGGGAAGAGGAUGCAGACCCUGCCCAUCGCCAUUUCGCUGGUGGCCAGCCAGCUGUCUGGCAUCGCCAUCAUGUCCAUUCCCGCGGAGAGCUAUACCUACGGAUUCAACUACAUGUUCGUUGUCCUGGCCAUGAUUGUCGUCAUACCCAUUUUAAUCUACAUAAUAGUGCCUGUCUUUUACGAAAACAACGUCUCCAAUUGCUAUGAGUACCUGGAGAUGAGGUUCAACAAGCGCACCCGCCAGUUGGUGACCGCUACCUUUGUGAUGAACUCGUUCUUGAUGUUGCCCGUCUACAUGUUUAUUCCGUCCCUGGCCUUUGCUCAGGUCACCGGCAUAAACAUCCACUUGAUCAACGUGAUGGUCUCCUCCAUCUGCAUUUUCUACACGAUGCUGGGCGGGAUCAAGGCGGUGGUCUGGACCGACGUGGUUCAGGGGGGCAUCAUGCUCCUAUCAGUGGUCGCCGUGGGAGUUUUGGGCACCAUCCGGUCGGGAGGCGUCUCCACCGUCGUGGAGCACGCCUCUGAAGGCGGACGCCUCAACUUUGACUUUCGGCUGGAUCCCCGCAUCCGCAUGACCUUCUGGAGCGCCUCCAUGGGGGGCAUCUUCAUGUGGACCGGUCACAUUGGGUUGAACCAGAGCUGUGUGCAGCGCAUCGUCUCUCUGCCCUCCUACUCCCACGCCAAAAAAUCCUUGAUCAUUGCCGGUCUGGGCUUCCUGAUCAUCAGUUUCUUCAACACUGUUUCGGGCAUCAUCAUGUUCGCCCGCUACUACGGAUGCGAUCCAAUGUUGGCUGGACUGGUCAGCAAGCCGGACAAGAUGAUGCCCUUCUUCGUGCAGGACAUCAUGGGCCACCUGGCCGGAAUGCCGGGCGUGUUCAUCUCCUGCGUGUUCAGCGCCGCCCUCAGCUCGCUUUCGGCGACCCUGAACUCGCUGGCCGGAGUGGUGUACUUCGACUACAUCAAGCCGCGAAUCCGGCACACGGAGGCCCGGGCCAACUGGGCCAUGAAGCUGAUUGUGGUCGUGAUGGGCGGCUACUGCAUCCUGGGCGGCUUCAUGGUGCAGAACUUCAACUCCAUCCUGCAAACGGUGGUCACCAUCACGGGCAUCAACACGGGUGCCGUGGUGGGGGUGUUCCUCCUGGGGAUGUUCGUGCCCCGCUGCAACGCCAGGACGGCUGUGACCAGCAUCGUCUUCAGCGUGGUGGCCAUGGUGUGGGUCAUCGCCAACGGCCAGAUGAACCAGAAGUCCGGCCUGGUCAGAUACGAGGUGCUACCCAACGCGCUGGAUCAGUGCGAGGCCCGCGGUCUGCACAUGAUUGCCGAAGUGGUCAACAAGACCGACUUCACCCCCGUCACAGUGAAGCCACCUUCCGGCGACCCAGUGACCACCGCCUUCCACAGCGACCGCGACUUCUCCCUCUACGACAUCUCGUUCUACUGGUACAAGGUGCUGGGCACCGCCUUGAUCUUCCUGUGGGCAGUGCCGAUGAGCUACGUUUGGCGCCCCGACGAGAACGAGAAGCAGAACCCGAAGCUGUACUCGCCCUUCGUGAGGAGGUUCCUCAGACUGCCCGCCGCUGAGCAGGAACUGGAGGAGGUGCCGCUGCGAGGGGAGGCGCCCCACCUCCGGGUAGACCCUGCCGAAAAGGCAAAACACGCUGGUCUCGAACACUGAUUUACUUUACAUAUUUUAGUUGUUAAGGCUGAAAUAUGAGCAAGAUGAUUAAGAAUAAACGAUGUUGUGUGCUUCUUAA